GAAACUCGAGGUGGACAGUCAGGUCAAGACGUGGUCCAUAUAUGGAUGGGGUCCGGGUUGCGGCAACAUACCUCUAGGUAACACCGCCUGUCUCCAAACAAUGCACUGCCCAGGGUGGACUUUUGACGAUUGAUGCCCGCUGCGCUGCGAACGGGGGCGGAGACGAGAGCCAGCCCUGCCCUGCCCUGGUCCCCCGCUAGAACAGAACAGGAUUUCAAGGGCCAGACCGUGGGUUUCUGUAUUCGAUCAUGAUGAUGACUGGACCUCAAACCCGCCGUCCAGUACCUUUCUGACUUUUCUUGAUUCACCCGAGCCUUUUAACUUAACCAAGGCUUUCCCGCUAUCGAUCCUUCUCGUUCCUCUGCCGUCUUUCUUGUCAUCCUAAUCCACAUCGAUUCAUCCGCCAUCUACCGUGGCCACAUCUGGAAUUUGGAAGGGGCCCCCCAAGUUCUGACCCGACUUCAACAUGCCGCUUCCUCUAGCGGGACAAGUUGGCAUCAUUGCUGUAUCGGUAGCCGCCGUAGCCGCAAUAGCCAUCUACGAGUCUCCCGAGGUGCGACGCCGAGUCAACGACCUCCGCCAACGUAUCGCCCUUGCCUUCCAAGGCUGGGAUGACGAGUUUGACGAUUCCCGACCCCGCAACCCCAACACCCCCCGCUUCAAUCGUCCCGAAGAUGCACACGGAUUCUACCAGUCUCGUGCCGAUGUUGGCGUUGACGCCGAUGAGGAGACCAAGCGAAGGCAACGGGAGGAACUCAUGUACUGGAACGCCAAGCGUGCAGAGAUGAUGGGGGAAUCCGGCCGCGAAUUUGCUGCUACUACUACUACACACCGACCAACAUCCGCUACUACUCGCGGCUCGAGCUUUGAUGAUUUCCUUAGUGAGGACACGGCAGCCGGGCCUGGCACAUUUGUUUACAACACGGGCACCGAUGUCAGGGGUACUGAGAAUGAUGCGCUUAGGCGCCGUGGAGCAGGCCGUUCUGCCGCCCCCGGUGUCCGUGGAUUGACUGCCGCCAUGAUUCUGGAUCCCUUCAGUGACGAGUUUGGUAUCGAGCUAGACGAACGUAUCAACAUGGUCGACGAGGAAACCCGCUUGAUGGCUCCUAGCCAAGACGAGAUGGUAUCGAAUAGGUCAGACAUCUACAACGCCACUCCGACAGGUCUUCAAUCGCCCGUUUCCCGUACCCUUUCGCCGGAGCCCAGAGUCUCAGUCACUGCUCCAUCUAAUGAGGUUUUGUUCGAUUUCGAGACAAAUUCACAGUCAGCAGUCGUCACUGCGUCGGAAGACAACCACGAGCGGUCCGGAGCCCCAACCCCUACCACGGUCCGCAGCACGACCGACACCCUCGAGCGCGACUUGGACGUGGAUGAGUACAUGACUGCUGGGCAGGAUGAUCGUUCUACGGCGUAUGCUUCUAUCCAGGAGUGGGCACAAGGCUCCUCCGGAAACCCCGGGUUUUACUCGCCAUUGCCCGUCACCCCGACCGAGCCCAUGUCUGAAGCCGAGAUGGUUAGCGCAGGGCAGCUCACGCCUGCGGACACCAUGUCCCUAGCGGACUCUGGAGAGCACAUUGAAAACCCCGACGCGGUCUCUUCCAGGGCUCAAGAUUUUGAUGACUUGAGCGACAGCGAUGAUGGUAUCGCCACUCCUGGCAGUUGGUCUGAUGUUGGCAGUGUCAUUAGCGAGACUGAUGAAAUUGCGCAUCAGCCACAACACGCUUAGAUCUAUCCGACUUCUGUAGCGUAACAGGCGUAACAGACGUCACAAACCCUCUGCUAUUCGGAAGUUCACCAUUAUGAUCAUUAUCGGCAUCUGGGCUUGGCGUUAUACAGGUUAUGGGUCCUAUUUAUGUAUGGUAUCUGGGCAAUCCGUUGGAUCGUUCUUUGAUUUUGGGUAAUGUUUGUUGGACUACAAUUAAGUGCAAAGGGUAUUUCAAAUAAGCCCUCACGAACAUCAAGAGCCUGCAAACUUUGAAAGACGUAGU